AUGUUAACUGAGUUCUUUUUAAUGAAUAGAGGAAACAAAGAUGCUAAGAACCUGAAUUUAUUAUAUCGAGAAUUUUCCGAAUACUUUGUAUGGUCAUCAACAGAUAAAACAUGGACACGCCGUCAACGAGGAAAUGCUAUUGGUCGCAUUGUGACAUGUCAUCCAACCGAAGAAGAAAGAUACUAUCUUAGACUACUUCUAAUGAAUGUAAGAGGACCAAAAUCAUAUGAAGAUUUGCGAACAGUAAAUGGACUAUGUUGUACCACAUUUAGAGAAGCUGCAGAAAGAAGAGGAUUACUAUUUUGUGAUAAUAAUUUGGUAGAAUGCAUGUCUGAAGCUGUAAGUUACCAAAUGCUAUCCAAUUUAAGACAAUUAUAUGCUAUGUUAUUGAUCUAUUGUAAUCCAACUAAUCCAAGAGAAUUAUGGGAAAAAUUUGAAACCCCAAUGUCUGAAGAUUUCAAAAGAAAUCUGAAUAUAGAUGCAAGGGAAAUUCCUUACAAAGUGUUAAACCAUAUUAAUAAUAUUCUUCAUUCAAUGGGGCGUAAUAUUAAUGAAUUUGAACUAAUUUUAGAAGUGAUAAAGCCAUAUGCAAUAGCGAAAGAAGCUAAAUAUGUUGAUUUCGAGAGAAAUAUCAUUGUUAGUGAUGAAGAUUUACUGUUGAAAAACAAAUUAAAUAUUGAACAAAGAAGAGCUUACAAUAUGAUUCUCGAUAGAAUAUUUUCAAAUAGACCAGGGGCAUUCUUUAUUGACGGUCCCGGUGGGACUGGUAAAAGUUUUUUAUAUCAUGCUUUAUUAGCUACUGUGAGACACAAAGGAUUCAUAGCUUUAGCAACUGCAAGUUCCGGUAUUGCAGCUUCACUUCUUCCUGGAGGUCGAACUGCUCAUUCUCGCUUUAAAAUUCCUAUUGAUGUCAAUGAGAACUUCAGCUACAUUAUUAGUAAACAAAGCUCAUUAGCGUCUUUAAUACGAGAUGCAAAACUAAUUGUAUGGGAUAAAAUUUCAAUGGCCAAAAAGCAAACAGUGGAAGCAUUUGAUUUGCUUUUAAGAGAUCUAAUGGAAACAAAUAUACUAUUUGGAGGAAAGGUAGUUGUCUUUAGUGGUGAUUUUAGACAAACUCUUCCCGUAGUUCGUAGUGGCAAAAAGGAAGAUUUUAUUUGUGAAAGUUUAUUGUGCUCUGAAAUUUGGAAUCAACUUGAAAAAUUACAACUAUCUGAGAAUAUACGUGCUAAAACAGAUCCUGCCUUUUGUGAAUAUUUAAUGAGAAUUGGUGAUGGAAAAGAACAGCAAAAUGACUGUGGAAAAAUUGAAAUUCCUCAUUCCCUCAUUAUUCCUUAUACUUCUGAAAAAGAAUCCUUGAAUUUGCUCUUCCGAGUUACUUAUCCUCAUUUAUACAAAUGUCAUUCAAAUGCUUCCUUUAUUACUUCUCGUGCUAUUCUAACAACCAAAAAUGAUUUUGUUGAUGAAAUAAAUGACAUGCUGCUUGCUCAAUUUCCAACUACUGAAAAAGUUUACAUUGCUACUGAUGAGACAACUGAUCCAAAAGAUCAGACACAAGGUCAAGCAUUAGAUUUUGUGGGUAUCUAUUUGCGCGAACUUGUCUUUUCGCAUGAUCAAUUGUAUGUUGCUUUAUCGAGAGCAAAAAGUUCUAAUUGUGUGAAAAUUAAUUCCAAUAUGGGUGAAAGGUUAACUAUCAAUGCAAUCACUCCCAAAACGGAAGAAUGGACCUAUAAGAUCCAAGUAGUUGAUAAAGGUCGUCCCAAAGACAACAAAGAGAAAAUCAAAAAAUAUCAACUCAUGACAUUACAGGAUGAAGAGGAAAAUCAAGUCCAAGCAAUCAAGUUCAAUGCUGAUAUAACACAUUUUGAAGAUUUAUUUGAUCCUUUCCAUACUUACUUGGUGUCAGUUGCACAAGUGAAGGAGUCAUCUUAUUUGUAUGGAAAUCCAAUUAACAAAUUCACUUGGACAAUUGAUAGAAGCCCCAUUGUCGAGCCAAUUGAAAAGGUCACUCCUCCAUAG